AAGUUAUUCCUAGUACCAUAAUGGCUUCUCCAGGAAAGUACAACCAAUACCUUCAGGUGGCGAAAACGUUUGAGGAGACGUAUUUUGGAGGAAAAGUUCAGAGUUUUUGAGACUUUUUGAACGAAAUAGGGCUUGUUGCUUCGAAAAGUGAUGAGUUUGUUAUAAAACGGCGGGCGAAGAUGGCGGCUGAGGAUGUGAAUGAUGAGCUACAGGUAGAGGCUGUAUUUGGAGAAAGUAUGAAAGAGAUCCUGACAGGGUUCUUUGAGGAUAGGUCAGUGGAACUGGCAAAAAGCUUGGUGGAGAAUUGGCCCAAAUAUCAAGAGGCACAGAUUGAGAAGGAGGAGGAGUUUGAGAGAAUUAGAAGAGCUGAUAAGUUAAGAGGAGUACUCUGUUUGGCCAAAGCCAAACAGGAUAUUCUUGCAAGUCAAUAUCUUAUCAAGUGGAAGGAAGAAUCUCUCAAUGCUAAAAUCGCAACCUUAAAAUAUAAAAUCGACGAGAAAGACCACAAAAUUGAGAGGCUUCAUCAUGAUAAUAUCCAGACUCAGGAUGAGCUUCGCGAGUCCAUGGAAGAAGCUCACCAGUAUAGACUUAGGCUCGAAGAACUCUUUGAAGACAAGAUGAGGAAAAAGCAAGCUACUACUAGACGAAAGAAGAUGAAACAAAUGAGAGAAGUUUCUAGAUCCCUUGCUGUAGAAAAGGCUAACGGGGUAACUGUUACAAGCUCUGUCUGCACCGAAGAUCCUUACAUGGUAGCUGAUGAGAAGAAAGGUAGAGAGCUAGACAGCACACAUGAAACAAGACUUCAGAAGCGCAAAGCUUUCCCUCAAACAGAAAGAGGCUCAGUAGACACUGUUAGGAUCUUGAGAAGGAAAAAGCUCCAGAUGUCUAAAGCUAGUAACUCCUUGUGAGCAUCAUCAGUUUACUCAAAGAAUUUCAACUCAAACCUUUCGUUCCACCCAGAGAUCAAUAGAGAUGAUAAAUGGAUUCCAAAAUAUGACGACCACCAUAAUCACAAGAGGAUGCUCGAAAGAAUGCAUAACGAGAGUAGAAAAAUUGAAAGAAAGAAGAGAAUCAUGUCAAGCGAAAAACAGCAAAGAGAGCUCUCCGAGUGUAGCUUCACUCCUAAAAUCAAUGCUAAGGAUAGGAGAACUGCUGCUCAGAGAAAGAAGCUCAAAAAUGAAGAUGCUUCAAACUUGACUAAAAGAAUGUACGAGUACGCACAGAAGCAUAAGACAAACCUUGAGAAGAAGAAAGAAAGUAUAGAUCAGGAAAGAGGGCAGGAGAUCAACUUUAGACCAAAGAUAGUUGAGACUAAGACCCUGAAAAUAAAACGUGACAAAGGGGAGGUCUAUGAUGACCUGUACAAAGAUUUCUCUACCAGAGAGGACAAAAAGAAGGAGAAAAGAAAAUAAAAAUAAUCAGAAGAAUUACACCAGUGUUGUUACGAAGAUUCAUAUCUCAGAUCUGGAAAAACAAGGAUCUAAUAAGAAGAAUUCGUAUGUGAAUCAAGUGAGGAAGAGAAGCCAGAAAUCUAAGACUAAGCAAAAGCCUAACCCAAUCUACCCUGCUAUAUCAAGGAGUUCAUUUAGUUCAAAGCUUUACUCGAGUCCUUUCUCUUCUGCGAGGAAGGAAAGAGCAGAACCUCAGUCUGAGUCUAAAGAAGCUGCUAAAUAA